GUGCAGGCAGUGGAGGACACAGACCCGACACCACCUGCUGCUACAGAAGAUAACCCAAGGGCAUCAGAAGAAGAUGAACUGGGGUUUUUUGGAGAACGUCCUGAGUGGGGUGAACAAGUACUCCACUGUGAUUGGCCGCAUCUGGCUGUCUGUGGUCUUUCUCUUCAGGAUCUUGGUGUACGUGGCAGCGGCUGAGCAGGUGUGGAAAGACGAACAGAAGGAUUUUGUGUGCAACACGCAGCAGCCCGGCUGUGAGAACGCCUGCUUCGACCACUUCUUCCCCAUCUCCCAGGUGCGUCUGUGGGCUCUGCAGCUCAUCAUGGUGUCCACCCCUUCCCUGUUGGUAGCCCUGCAUGUGGCCUACAGGGAGCACCGGGAGGCCAAACACAAGCGAAAGCUGUACCAGGACAAAGGGAGCAUCGAUGGAGGUCUUUUCUGCACCUACACCGUCAGCCUGGUCUUCAAGACGGCCUUUGAAGUCGGCUCCCUGCUUGCUUUCUACUUCCUGUACAACGGCUUUGAGGUGCCCAUACUUCUGCAGUGCAGCGAGAGUCCGUGCCCCAACACGGUGGACUGUUUCAUUGGCAAAGCCACAGAGAAGAAGAUCUUCCUCUACAUCAUGGGCUGCACCUCCAUCCUGUGCAUCGCCUUGAACUUCGUGGAGCUCAUGUACAUUGUUUGGAAGCAGCUGUGGAAAUGUUUCAGCAAGCGGUACAUCCCGGUGAAACAGAAGCCUGCUGAGCCACCUGUUUCCAUUGUCAACAGGUUUGCCACAGCUGAGCCCACAGCAAACACAGAGGUCUGUGGCAUAGAGGCUGAACCUGCGCCUGCACCCGCUGCUGAAAACCUGCCCGUCCAGUCCUGAAAGGCUGGGACUGACCCACAGCUCUGGUUCCCAUCUCAUUGUGAAACUACAGUGAAACUUUUGUUUACCUGAACUAACAUGGAUGCUGGUCACUAGUGUCUCUUUUUACAACCUGGGCUAUUUAAAAAAAAGCAGCUACAUAGAUUUAAGUUUGGUCUAAACUGAGAAAAGAGUCAUAUCAUUUAGUAGUCUGACCAAACACUACAGAUAUUGACACAAAUUAAAUGUUGUUUUACAGCACUAUUUAGCAGAAGACUUUUAUAGUGUCCUCAGGGUGUAAGAGGUAGCUGUGUCAAGUGUAAAAAAAAAACAAAAAACCCUGAUGAUGUCAGCGAUGUUAACAGGUUGAAAAUGACUUUUUCUUUUUAGAGGAACAGUUUUUUUUGCUCGGAAGUUGAAAGCUUGAAAGGUGUGGUAUUUACCAAGCAGGCAUGCUAUCGAGCUGCACCGUAGGAAAUGUGUGUGCAGCUUUUUGGGUGACUUAAACCACGUUAGAGUGCAAAGUUGUAGUCAAAUAGUCCAAAAAUAUGACAUCCUCUGUGUUUUCCUGCUGUGCUAAAAGAAUCUGACUGCACUGAAACUACAAUAUUCAAAAUAUAGAGUAAGAAAAAUCACAUCGUAGAUACUUUGUGCUGGACUAUAUAAAUAUGGACAAAAAUAGUCUACACAGAAACAUAAGUAUAAAACAUACAGAUAAUAUACAGGAUACUACUGCAGUGAAAAUAUAUAUCUGAUAUCUAAUACAAAUUGAGCUGCAACUUUAACUUCGCUUUGAUCAUUUGUUUUUGUGAACGACCAGUUGGUGCGUUACUUUGAAGCUUGUGGCUGUAGGGAAUUGUGGGAUGGUACGUAUUAUCUUCCUUUUGUAAAGGAAGGUCCAGGGUGUCCUACACUCAAAGAGAUAAGAAAGGAAGCACUGAAGCAUGUAGAGAGUCUGACUUGCUCUUGAGCUUGCACUGCAGAUAAUUUCACUCAGUUAGGAACCUUACUAAGCAAGAAAAAAAAGACAGUUCAACAGCAAACUGAAAGGUGUCAUCUAUUGGCUUCUGCUAAUUCAUUUUGAAUUUCUUUUGAAAAUUUGCCUGACUUUUUACUUCAAUCCAAAUGCUGCUUUCAGUGUACUUCCACUCUUCUCUAGAUUUCCGUUACUAGCCCUACCAAUUAAUUGUAUAUAAAGUAUAUUAUAUAGUACAUCUAUUGUAUAUAUGGAAAGGUGUUUUUUUCUUUUCCAUUCUAUCCACAGACACAAGUAAACUGUACAGUAAAUGUGUCUCCACUGUACAUACCCACACAUGUAUCAAACUGAGUCUGGGGAAUGUUGUUGGUUCACCAUAUCUUGCUUGAUUUUGUUAAUAUUUUUAUUUCAUACUUUUAGUCAAGUUAUAAUUCUGAUCGGUGACCAAGUGGCUGAAAAAAAAAAAAAAGACACAACAGCAUGCCAAUCUCGACAUAACUUGUUGUAGUUAUACUGUAUCUGAUAAUAUCUCACAUGAACCAAAACUGUUUAUUCUGAAACUGACAGUUUGUUCCAUCUUUGUUGUGAAUGGUAUCUAUGAGAGGCUAAACUGACUUCUACUAAUAUUGUCUUUAGCAAUAUUUAGCACUGAUUGAAAUAUGUGUAUGAUGCAUUGGAAAGAAAAAUAUUUUCAUUAAAUAAGCAAGACAUUUGGGAUUAGUUGGCAUACUAGUGAAUCACUAAAGAUUUAUUGGUGCAGUUUGUCUAGAAUUGUUGCCUUACAUUUUACAUCAUUUAUUUUAUGCAAUAGCAUUUUAUGAACAUGUCAAGUGCAAUAAUAAAUUCAUAUACAGACAUGGAA